ACUGUCAAAUUUGAAAAGUUUUAACGGUGUGUUUGAGUUUGAGUGUAAAAGUGAUUGUUUUGUGUUGUCUCUACCAAAGUUAUUAACUUAUUAAGUUUUUAAACAAGUAAAAAUGUUUGAAUACGACAGUUUGGUAAUGAAAAAUGCUUCGUUCUUGAGAGCUCGAGAUCCCAGUAUUUUAACAUACAAUCGGUCCUUAAUACCUGGCGCAAGGACAAAUCUAGAUAAGGACUUUGCUGAAGAAACUUAUCAACAAAAAAAUCAGCCCGAAACCAUCCGUGUUUAUCUCCGCAUAAAAAACGGCUAUGACUUGAAAGACUUGUACGAAAUUGAGGGAAAUACCCUCGUUUCGAAGGUGCCCCCAGGUUCGAAUUUCCUGCGCAACAUCAAAGAAGGUGACUCUUUGAAGAAAAUCCACGCUUUUACAAAAAUCUUCGAGCCUCAAACAACCCAAAGAGAUAUUUUCAAUGACGUCGUUAAACCAAAAAUUUUUGAUUUCAUAAAUGGACAGAAUUCCACUCUUUUAACUUAUGGCGCUUCAGGAUCUGGAAAAACAUUCACUGUCAUUGGGACUGAUGAAGAACCAGGAAUCGUUCCUCGUUCUUUGGAAUAUCUCUUCCGUACUUUGCCUCAACUCAUGUCAGAUCCUGCUGCCAAGCCAUCACCUGCAGGAAAUGUGACACUAUUGAGUGAUUCCGACUGCAAGAAAGAAAAAUUGCUGUGUAGAAAUCUCCUGAAUUCGUCUUCAGCGGUGGGGGAUCGAAUGCAGCACGUCAGGAUUUACAAGGCAAUGCAACAAAGACUGAGCAGCGAACCGGUCGCUUUUCUGGAAGACUGCAAUGACUUAUCUAUCGGCGUGUGGAUCUCUUUUGCCGAAAUAUACAACGAGCAAAUUUACGACCUGCUUCGCGCAAACCCUUCGAAAAAAGAACAACGACCAAGACUGCGCUUAGGCAUGUCUAAAGGUCAAGUCUACAUUAAAAACCUGACAUGCGUGAAUGUAAGAAGUGGAGAGGAAGCAUAUCAGAUCCUCCAGUACGGGCUAAACAAUCUCAAUUAUGCACCAACCCGAGUAAACGAACACUCAAGUCGCUCCCAUUCGAUUUUUACGAUAAAAUUGGUACAAGUUUCAAAGUCAGAUGGUGGCUGCUUCGUUAGCAGCUUUAAUUUUUGUGAUUUGGCUGGUUCCGAACGCAGUAAAAAGACCCUAAAUGUGGGUGAUAGACUCCGAGAAUCCAACAAUAUUAACACCUCUUUGUUGGUCCUGGGGCGGUGCAUUUCUGCAGUGAGAAACGCACAAAAGGCGCAUGAUAAUAAAUUGGUUCCGUUUAGAGAGUCAAAAUUGACCCAAUUGUUCCAAAAGGCGUUAUCAGGAGGCGAAGACAUUGCGAUGAUUGUUACUAUAAAUCCCUCACGCGAAAUGUUCGACGAAUCUCAACACGUGCUCAACUUUUCCGCCGUUGCAAGCGAAAUCAGCAUCGAAACUGCCACCAAACAGAAAGAAACAGUUCGAGAUGUUUUAAAAAAUAAAACAUGUACGGAGGAAGACUUUGAGUACACAAGUGAAGAACUGCAAAACAUGAUUUUGCUUCUACGAGAUGAACUCGAAAUCCAACGAAACGAGUACGAAACCAACUUGAAAAUCGAAAGAGAGUAUUUAAGGAAGGGCUACGAGGAAAUCUACCAAGACCACGAGAAUUAUGUGCAAGAAAGGAUUAAAUUUGCAGAGGAGCGGGUGAGAAGGCAAUACGAAGACGAAAUCGAGGCUUAUAAAGAUAAAAUCAAAGAGUUGGAAAAUAGAUCUGAAGUUAUUGAACUGAGCUCGGAUGAAGAAUCGGAAGCUAAGGAAACUAGAAGGAGAGUUACUAACCUUAGGAGGACUUUAGAUGAAGGGUUUGGUCGAUAUCGGGCAGCUGAGGAAAAAUGCAGACAACUCGAAAUUGAAAAUAUUCAAUUAAAGGAGCGAAUUUUUGAAUUGGAAAAUGAGCUAGAGGCGUUCAGACAACAUCACGCGUCGGUGAUCAGUGAAGAAAUUGAAGGUUCCGAAACGUAUGGUGAAAAUGGUGUGGCUUUUAACUUAUGGGAUGAUUAAGUAAUCGUUGUUUUGUUAUUAUUUGUUUUUAAUUUGUUUUGCCGUUUUAAUUUUUACCAUGAGAUAAAUACAAUAUUUUUUCAGUAAAA